ACAUGUCACCUGAAUACAUACCAACAUUACACAGACAUUUCCGAUUAUGAGGACAGGGUCAGAGUCCUUAUAAUUCAAACAGCGCAGAAGUGUUUCUAGAACCCAAAUAUUGCUUUUCCCCAAAAUGUCUGUAUAGUUCAGAAUUAUCAAUUUGUGUCUCAUAGUUCUAACAGCGCAGAAGUGUUUCUAUAGGUAGAGACAACCCAAAUAUUGCUUUUCCCCAAAAUGUCUGUAUAGUUCACAAUUAUCGAUUUUUGUGUAUAAUCAGUGUAUAAAAGUGCGCUACUGGUGGUGAAAAGUGGUACUAUACACCUCAUGAAUAAUUCACACAGCGGAGCUUCUGAUUGGCUGUACUAUACACCUCAUGAAUAAUUCACACAGCGGAGCUUCUGAUUGGCUGACAACCCUCCCCUCAGCAUCGGAUCAACUCUCACCCACUCGGUUCACACUGACUUGGAGGAAGAGACAUGUGCAGGAGAUGGCAACUCUAAGGUCCCGGAGGAGAGUGGUAAAACCCAUCAAUGAGGCGAAGUAUUUCUCGUCCUUGUCGAAAGAUACAAAGAUUUCAACUGAAGCAGCUCCUCCAGUUCCUAAUGCAGCAGGAACAGAGAGUGAUGUCAACAACACUGAACAGAUGACUUCAGACACUGAGCAGCAACAAACUUCUUUGGCCAAUCUUGCAUUAGAGGAUUCAACAGAGAAGAUUUCAACUGAAGCAGCUCCUCCAGUUCCUAAUGCAGCAGGAACAGAGAGUGAUGUCAACAACACUGAACAGAAGAGAGCAAGGCGACCUGUUGAGACCACUCCAGGCGCCUCAGAUGAUGGUGACUCUGCCCUGGAAGGCACGUCUCAAGCAUUACACAAAAACACUGAUGGGAAGGAGAGAGUGCACAGCAGGAGGGAAGUGCGCACACAUUCAGGAAAGAAGAGAGCAAGGCGACCUGUUGAGACCACUCCAGGCGCCUCAGAUGAUGUUGACUCUGCCCUGGAAGGCACACGGCCCCUUGCGUGGGAAAAGGAUCCCAGGAGAAAACAAAAACGGCCGUGGUCACCAAUGGAGAUUGCUGCAGUAAUGCGGCAUUUCAGGGUCCACAUAGCCAAAGGGAGUCUAGCCACAAUAAAAGAGUGCAAACUGUGCAAGAUUGCUGAGCAUCCUGCUCUAGCUAAACGAUCUGAACAAAAUUUAAGAGAUUUUGUAAGGAAUCGGGGUAUUGUUGCAAAGAAGUCAUUCAAAGACAUUCGCCCAGUGUUUUAAAUGUUUUUUAAAAAAAAAAAUGUUUUUACUUUUUACUGUUUAAUGAUUUUUUAAAACUUUGUACUGUUUUAUGACUUUUUAUGUUCUAUGAACCCAGUGUUCAUGAAGGGUUUGAAUGCAUUCAUA